GACGUCUAGUGUUGGUUGACUUGAGCGGGAAACACGAAUUUCCUCAUACUAACCAUAGACGGCGAUAUAAGUUCGUUCACUAACUGGGCAGAUUACUGACAAUACUACGCGACAGCGAGGAUAAAGCAGUAAUGGAUCAGAAGGAAAUUAUCGCCGUUCUGGAGACUUCCAAAAAGCUGUUAUCAGAGAUGUCAGAGAAGAAGUUUGAGGUCUGCAAUGUCUCAGUUGAUGCUGAACAAACGUCAUUCAUGCUUAGAGAACUUCAGAAGAAAACAACAGAGCUUAAGGACAACUUCUGCGAAAUACUGACUAAGAACCACCUGAUGCAGUGCCUAUCUGCACACAGGACGCAGUGGCCUAUGCUAGUGUCAGAUGCAGACACAGAACUGCAAAAGGCAAAAGAUAUUUUGCGAGAUGCUAAACAAGAAGCAGAGAAACAAAGGGAGGGGAUAAUGCAGUUAAAUGCAAUUGUUGUACAAGGUCUCAGUGUGUAUGAGCAGCAGAAGAAAUUGCUGAGAGAGAAAAUACACAUUCUGGAAGGACUGGUUGAAGAUAUGCAGAAAGUGAAGAGAGAGAUCUGCGAGGACAGCAGGAAGAGGGCAGUUUGCGAGGAGCUGGAGGAGAAAGUCAGACAUACACAAAACCUGCAGCUUCAAUGUCAGAUGAAGUUGCUGGAUGCAGAGCAGGCUGUUGAGCAGCUACAAAUGAAGAUUGCCAACAAGAAAAGGAAUUUACUUCUCUUGGAUCAGAUGUGGGAUAAUGAGGAGGAGAAAAGAGACAGAGAGCACAUAGAGAAGUUGCAAAAGUGUGAUGCCACAAUACAAGAGUUAGGUAGAGUAGAGUGUCAGGUUGUUGGUCCAGAAAAAAUUGUGCUAAAAUUCUCCCCAUGUCCAUCACAAGAUCUCAAAAUGACUCAGGGGAUUGAUGAAGACUUUGAGAAGAACAUGGUUCCUAUGUUGACCAUCACUUUGACAUUUAAAACAGAUGCCUUAGGAUGUGUUUACAUUGCCGAUGUCAAGAGUGACAUGGAAAGUCUUGACAUUGGUGAUCUGUGGCAAGAGAAGAAACUAGGAUGGGACGAUCUGUCUAGUCUGGUGCUGGCAAUCAAGACUCGUUGGUUUUCCCAUAUUCCACUCCUUUCUGAAGUCCACAGACUCCGUAAUAGAUUUGCAGUGGACUGGAUUCAGAAGGAAAAUAUUCUGCGUGUCAUCAUGGGAAAAGGAGGCAACGUUGUUUGCUCCCUUGCAAUUCCUCCUUCAUAUCCAAAGCAAGGAGAGGUUACUCUUGCUAACAUCAUUGGUGCACCAGAUUUUGAGGAACCUAGCAGUCUGAAGCCACCUGCCAGCUGUGGUCUUGAAGACUGGGUGCUGCACUUGGAGAAGAUAUUUGGAAAACCAUAAUGCAUAACAAGAAGGGUUCAGCCAGAAUAUAGAUUACCAUAUAGACAGUGGCCACCUCUGCAGACUGUCAGAUAUUACAAUAUAAAGGAUGUUGGACUUGCAGAAGUUUGGUAAAUCAUAAUGCGUAACAGGGAGGUUGCAGCCAAAAUGUAGAUUACCAUAUGAUGACAAAGUGUCAGAUAUAAAGGGGAAGGCAAGUGAAUCAGCACCUGAGAACUAUAUCAGUUACAUCAGAUGGUUUGCCACUUUGAAGAUGUGCAGCCUAACUUCUGGAGUGAAUUAGGAUUCUGGAAUGUUCUCGUUUGGUUCAAAGACUCAUAUUGUAGUGAGUAACCUACUGUCCUGUUGCUCAGUAUGUGUAAUGAAUACCAGGAACUUGACUUUUGACACCUUCACUGACACACCACCCAGGGAGUGAAGAGUACCCAGGCUUUGUGUAAUGAUGGGGGUGGAGGGGCAGGUGUGGACUAGCGGGUGCUAGUGACCGAAGGCUGUCAACCCCAAACAUCCUUUACUCAGUUUCAGUCUCUCCGCAAGAUAAAUCAUCAUUAUUUAAAUCUGUUCCCCAGAUUUCUGUGAUGACCUGAGACUCUCCGUGUCAUAUGAUGACCUCCAUCAUCUCUCUCUCUCUAGCCUGCUCGCUCACUUACUCUUUAUUACAAAGAAAUGUGUAGUUGACAUACAGGAAAUACACAGUAUAUUUUUAAGUUG